GUUUUCCGCCGACCGUGUGUGUCAUUUUCACACAGCCAACCAAUAAAGUCGCAAUCAUAAAUUCAGUUUUCAUUGUGAGGGCGUCGAUCCAGGAGCAUAGCAGUUGUCCAAAGACAUGAAUACAAGAUGAAGUCUUCAGACGGUGUUUAGUUCAAGUGAAACCGUUUUACGAAGAAAAUAGUCUAACUGAAACAUACAUAAGACGCCUCUGCAUUCCGCCCCGCAAUGGCAUUCGAAAUCAGUGAAGAAGCAUUCCAGUUGCUGUCAUCGAGCAAUUUCACAGCCGCAAACUUUCAGGAUUUGGAUGCCAGUCCGCGGGAGCAGUUGAUUGGCUAUUGGGAGAACUCGCUGAAGAAUCUUAGCACCGAGCAGCGGACGGUUUUUACGGUGCUGGUUAUUUUGGUUAUGGUGUUGGCCAUCUUCGGCAACGUGGUGACGUUUAUUACCAAUAUUCGGAGGGAACAACGUCAUCUGUUUCGAGUGUGCCUACUUUCGCUGGCUCUGAGCGAUAUAUUGUUCGUGACUAUUACAUCAAUAGUAUAUUUAUCACAAUUCAACACUGAAUACAACUCUUUAUGGACCCUCGGCGAGCUAAUGUGCACAUUUGCCCCUUUCUUCCAAACGAUGGCCGUACUCGUGGACAGCAUUACAUUGGUGGCAAUUGCCCUGGACCGAUACAUGGCGGUAGUACGGCUCAACAAGGGAGCUUGGGAGCCCAGCGGUGUACUCUGCGUGGCCUGUGCCGUACUGAUAUGGGGCCUCGCGGCCGGAGUUUCCAGCCCCAUGCUGACCCUGUACCAAAUCUACACCGUCAUCGUACUGAUUGCCGAUCGAACCCAUUCGGACGUCAUCACCGGGUACUUUUUGGCGCAGAUUUGCGCCACCGAUAAGAGCAAGAAUGGAUACUACUUUGGGAUUGUGUUCACCGUUAUCUUCCUACCGCUGCUGUUGUCAUUCCUGUGGCUCAACACCGUCAUUGCGAAGGAAAUCUGGAUCCGAAGAAACCCGAUUAACGAUCGCAGCAAGGAAACCAAGAAAUCUAAAAAUCGCAAUUCUACGAACAGUACAUGUGAACGCAAAACCACCUCAACCAACAUCAGUUCGAGCAACGUUUCGGAUCGUCGUCCUCCCUCGCUUCCGGUUCGUCACACCUCCACCUACUCCGUGUCCAAAUGUGUGUGCUCUAAUUGCGUCGAUCAACAUUCGCCCCCGCAAGUGCCUCCCCCACCUCCGCCAACCAGUCCAGCGUCCAGCAAUCGGAAGAAGCGCCAGCUGCGCAUGUUCAAAGCCAUCGUGUUUAUCAUGUCGGUGUUUUUCCUGUGUCGACUGCCGACCUGGAUAUUCCUGCUGAUAAAGCUGCACGGCACUGCCAAUACCAACAUCUUCUGGACGUUGCACUACACCUUCGGCCUAAUGGCCAUGCUGAACUGCGUGCUGAAUCCACUGAUCUACACUUUCCUGGGCGAGACGAUAAAGGUGACGGUAUUCCUCAAAACGAUGUGCGAACGCUUUUUUGUGGAUCCUUGUCGCAGGGGAGCCAAACAGGUGAGGACUAAGUUCUCGGAACACGUGCACAGUGGCAAAGGCGACGUUACGCUGCGUGUGGGGAAGAAGCGACCGCAUCAGCAGCAGAGACAACAUGAUGGGAUGUUUUGUGGAGAUUGAAGGGGUCGACGAUGGUCAGUGUUGGUUUAGUAUGUUACGUUAUUUGCAACAAUUUUUCAAAAGUAUCAAUGUGAGUCAA